GACCGCGGUGGGAGCAGCCGCCAUGGAGGAACCCGCGGCGCACAACGGCAGCGCCGCCGGGGCCGCGCCCGGGGCCGGGACCCCAUCCCGCCCGCCUGCCACCCCCGAGGGCAUGGCGCUGGCCUACGGCAGCCUCGUCCUCAUGGCGCUGCUGCCCAUCUUCUUCGGGGCGCUGCGCUCCGUCAGCUGCGCCAAGAGCAAGAACUCCUCGGAGAUGCCAGAGACCAUUACCAGCCGAGAUGCUGCUCGCUUUCCCAUUGUUGCCAGUUGCACCCUUCUGGGGCUCUACCUCUUCUUUAAAAUAUUCUCUCAAGAGUACAUCAAUCUUCUGCUUUCCAUGUAUUUCUUUGUGCUGGGGAUCCUGGCCCUGUCCCACACUAUCAGCCCCAUGAUGAACAGAUUCUUCCCUGCAAAUUUCCCCAACAAACAGUACCAGCUCCUCUUCACCCAGGGCUCCGGGGAGAGCAAGGAGGAAAUAGUGAAUUAUGAGUUUGACGCUAAGGAUCUCGUGUGCCUGGCCUUGAGCAGUGUUGUAGGAGUCUGGUACCUGCUGAGAAAGCACUGGAUUGCCAACAAUCUCUUCGGGCUGGCAUUCUCUCUCAACGGGGUGGAGCUGCUGCACCUGAACAAUGUCAGCACUGGCUGCAUCUUGCUUGGGGGCCUCUUCAUCUACGAUGUGUUCUGGGUCUUUGGCACCAAUGUGAUGGUGACAGUUGCCAAAUCGUUCGAGGCCCCAAUAAAAUUGGUUUUCCCUCAGGACCUGCUGGAGAAGGGGCUGGAUGCUGACAACUUCGCCAUGCUGGGACUGGGAGACAUUGUCAUUCCGGGGAUCUUCAUUGCCUUGCUGUUGCGGUUUGAUAUCAGCCUGAAGAAGAACACGCAUACGUAUUUCUACACCAGCUUUGUGGCCUACAUCUUUGGGCUGGGCCUCACCAUAUUCAUCAUGCACAUCUUCAAGCAUGCCCAGCCUGCGCUGCUGUACCUGGUCCCUGCCUGCAUUGGAUUCCCGCUUCUCGUGGCCUUGGCAAAGGGAGAAGUAACCGAAAUGUUCAGCUAUGAAUCCUCUGCUGAAAUCUUGCCUCACACACCAAGACUUACCCACUUCCCCACGGUGUCUGGCUCGCCGGCCAGCCUGGCUGAUUCCAUGCAGCAGAAACUGUCCUGUCCCCGCCGACGCCGGCAGCAGAGCCCUAGUGCCAUCUACGAGGAGAGCUCAACCCCCAAGGAGGUGCCAGGGCCUUCUAAAGAAGAGCCAACAGAAGCCUCCAAGAAGGAGAAGUGACCUUGCCCAUGGGCCAUGCCCGGUGCUGUUGGGCUGGAGCCCUUCAAGACCCUCUGCAAGUGACAGACGACGAAACAAUUGUGCAAGAGCAUCGUGUUGUGUGUGUCGGAGCAGCCACCCAGGCUCCGUGCAUUCCCGCUGCCGAUCGGAUCCUCUGCCGCUGAGACCGCUCUGGACCCUCCACGGACAUCAACUCCGGGAUCUCGGACUCACCACGAACGUCGUCCCCGGGACCCCGUCCCUGAGCACCGCGGCUCACCUGCAUCCCUGGCUCCCCGGCGGGGCUGCCCUGGGGGUCCCCCUGUAGCCUGGGCAGGGGGUGCUGUGGGCCGGAUCCUUCCUUCUCAGAUUGCUGAGAGCAUUCCCCGUAUUGUAUAUUACAAUGAUGCUGGAGAAUAUUGUUCUACAAUAGCUGGAGUUUUGUUAUUAAACAAGCCCUGAUGACCA